AUGGCCGACUCUACAGCAGAUCAGAGAUCUAGGAGGCCUAAAGCCCGGCAGUCAAUUGCCCACUUGCCCUCUACUAGGACCUCCGUCUCAAGGGAUAAUGCAACAACUGACAUUACCGCCCUUCAAGUUCAGAACAAUACGACACAAGCAGCAAAGAAGAAAUCGCGAGGGAAAAGCCUUGGUCCAGGAGGACUUGAGGCUUUGAAGGAGCCUCCUGGAAACUCCACAAAGGUAUUUGCCACCUUCGUCGUCUCGGAGAAGCGAAUAGCUGACCAUUGGUGGACAACGACACCUUUCCAGAUCAAAUCAAUCCUCAAACCUACAAUACUUCUGACGCCGCCCAAAGUAAUCCCGACAUUUGAUGAACUACGGAAGCGAAGUACUGAGAAGGACGGAUCGCCAGGCAAAAAUAGUGCUGAAGAGCUUCUGAUUGAUUUCUCAACACCUGGACCAAACAAACCAGACGGAGGAGAUAUUUCAACAUCAAGCGCCGACAAUGCGGCAGAUCCUUUCAGUCCGAUAACGCGACGGUCGCCUCGAAGGCCUGGUGUUGGAGGGAACCCCGAAGAUCUUCGGCGCGAGCAAGAGGAAGAGUUCAAGCGUCAGGCGGAAAAGAAAGCCGUACUAGAGCGGAGAGCUGCUAGGCGAAAAUCACUGGCAAAUCGAAGAGUGUCGUUUGCGCCAGAGGCGACCUUGCAUACAUGGAGUGUCAUGGAGCUCGUGGAGGACUCUACAACCAGUUCUGCUUCAAACUCCACAAGAAGGCAGUCGUCAAUGACAACGGCACAGUCUCCAGACCAGACACCCCGAUCGCCUGAAACUCCUGCGAUCCCUUCAGCUCUCGCCGAGCAGACUGAAGAUCCCUUAGUAAAAGCAUCGCCGGAGCACCAACGAGAUGUUCAUCAACAGAAACGUCGGAGAAGAAGCUCUGGACUAUCAGAAGUGAUGUUGGACGCUGCACCAGAUGAGGCGUUUUCCUCAAGUCCUUCCGGAGACGUCACAACAAACAGCAGUCCCUUGCGUGUCGAGGAAGGUAUUGAAUCUUCUGAUGAAUCAGAUACGGAUGGCGACACAGCAAUGAGUUUGGAUGAAAGUACUGCACAUACUAUAAACUCCCAAGACUCAGCAUCUAGCACACAUUCUAGCUUGGACGAACGUCUCCGACAAGCGGCCGACCAAGCUGGUACUCGUGGAAUUGAAUAUGAUGAACAUGGUGAUGACUUGUCCAUGGAAAUGGUGACGGGCACAGUCACGAAUGCAUUUCAACUCUGGGCGCCGAAUCGUGCCGAGAACGCUGACAAUGGCGCAGUCUACGACCAGGAAAAUGUUAAUCCGUUUACAUCUUACCAACAAGAAUCGAAUUCACAGCAAAUUCAAGAUCCCGGGAUCGAAGAUGAAGCUCAGGAUGAGACCCAAGAGAUGAGCAUGGAUGUCACAAAAGCUGUUGGUGGUAUUGUAUAUGGUCAAUCUCCUGGCAAGAAGGGACGAAAGUCACCGGUGCCUCGCCGCAGAAGCAGCAUUCGCCGCCGCCGAUCCUCUGGAGACGGUUCUGCUCUCGAUGAGAGUAUGGAGUUUACAGUCAUGCAAGGUGGAAUUCUCGGUGCUGGAGCGGAGCCCACAGAAGCCACUCAUACUCAUUCAUCUGAUGAAUAUAUGACCAUGGAAUUCACGAAAGCCGGAGGAAGGAUUCUGGACGGGUCAAGUCGAUGUGAAUCUGCCCUGUCUGAGCAGACAGACGAAAACGAGUCAAUGGAUAUGACCACUGCUGCUGGCGGAAUAUUGCCACCGAUUGAGGAGCAGACUGAACCACAGACUGACAUGGAAGAGGGCCAGACAAUGGCUCUGGAAAUGACUAAGGCGGCGGGCGGCAUUUUGAACCAGAAUUCAGCCUCGGAAAAGAGAAUGACGAGAGAGCCUCGGGAAAAAGCUGUGGCCUUUACUCCUGAUUCUAAAUCGCCACACGUUCAAGCCAUCGAACAGACUACAUCAAGAUCCGCACCUAAAUCCACGCCCAGAUCUCAGCAUCAUCGGGCGUCUGUUGCUUCAGAGACAGGUAGCCCAAGUCUCGCAUUGAAACCACGACUUUCGGGUAGGCCUCAACGAAAUGCACCAAAGCCCUCCAGCACGCCGCAGUCCAAGCCGCCGAGUAGCCCUCCCAUUCAAUCAGCAGUUAGGGUACAAACCGGCACUCCUUCCAAACAGACCACUCCAUUUCCAACACGUGCUGAAACUCCAAACAAAACACCACCGUCGGUCAAUGUCGCUCAUCGAGGGGCGUCAGCCAAGAAGCUCUUUAAGGCUGAGAUCAAAGCGAGAAAUUCGCCUGGAUCAACCAAGCGAGAGGCGAAUCUCAAGGCCAAUAGUCUCUUCUCUCGAGAUGCCGAAACUGGACAGCAUACUCCCAGCGUCAUUCUCCGUGCACCAAAGCCACGGGUCGUCCGACGAAGGUCCAGUGGCAUCGGGAUUGACAAAGAUGGGAUUGGUUCUCCCCGAGCCGCUGAACUGCUUGAUCGUCGAACCUCGAUCGGUGAAGUCGCGCCGCAGUUCAAAUUGGGUGAUAAUGAGCCGGGACAAUUGCGAUUCGAGGAUCCACAACAACUUGAGCAUGAGGUCGAGGUUGAGCGAGUUGACGAACACCGACGUGAAAGUGGCCGAUUCAUCAUGGAGCAAGAAGCAGAUGAAAACCAAGAUGAGAAUGCCACUUUACAGUUGAGGGACAUGAUCGUAGCCAUGUCUCCCGAGAAGCCGAGGCCUGGUAAGCUCAGAGGCAGAAAGAGUCUAGCAAUUGGAGGGGCCAGAGGGCUGUUGGGCAAGAGGCCAGCAGAACUUGACAUGGACGACGAAGAUGAACACGAUUCCACACCGAAGCGAUUGAAAGCUGUUUCGCGAGAAGGUAGUCCCGUCAAAAGGGUCCAUUUACCAAAGCCACCGACGAAAGACGAAACAACGGGGCGAUUGAGCACCAAAUUGCAAGAAUCCCUCCAGGAGAUGGUCGGUGUUGAUAAGGUAACGCCGACCAUUGGAACUUCCUCACCGUCAAGAAGUGCAGCGGCACCAAGCCCUCCGACUACAGGGCGGUUCAAGGAUGUUGAGACCAGUAAUGAGGCUAGACCUACCUCAUUCGAAGACAGACUUGAUAAUGUUGUUGGAGCCAUUGACGUUUCGACAGCGCAGAUGCAAAGUGGAACCUCCCAGAACGAACGAGAAAAGAUCUCUCUUCAACAAUUCUUGAAUAUGACAAAUAUUCAUUUCAUCGAGCUGUCAACAACCAAAAGAAGACACACAAUAGCCCAAUCAUUGCCGAUCAAAGAAUCCGUGGAAGGCGCCCACUCCAAUGGCACCAAAGCCAACUUCGUCGCAGCAGCCACUACGUUGCCUCUUCUUGAACUAUACCAACAUGCUACAAGAGAGCUAAAGUCUUAUAUUUCAACUGGUCGAAAAAUCAUUCGCUCUAUCGAAGUUGAGACUCUUGCUGAGCAACCACCGCUGUUCCGCGAGUACGUCGAUGCUCGGCCAGAUGUGAAAAUGGUGAUGGACAAUCAAUUCCGAAAUGGCAAAGCCAAUGCUCGCCUCCAAAGCAAAGAGGGUUGGUACCAGUGGCGAGCACAACUCGUGGAGGGUCUCAAGACUGGACUGGAAGGAAUCAAUCAGGGCAUGAAUGCUGAUCUCGACCUUUUGCAAAAGCAGCAGCAUUUAUUGGAUGAUGUUAUGCCUAAGCUGCUCCAUGAGCAUUCUGCACUCCAGCAUCAAAGUGCGUCGUUACAGCAGAGCCUUGCAGAGUUGGAUAGUGUCGAUCACGAGGCUCUAAACCACUGUCGGCGACAACUGCAAAAAGCUGACGAGUACUACCUCCAGAGAUCUGCUCUUCUGGACAUGUUACAGCAACAGAUAAAUGAAAAAGAUGAGGCUCUAGUCGCUGCAGCAGAACUGAAGACUGAGAUGAAAGACCAAAUUGCAGAAGCGGACCGGGUGAGGGAAGAAAACAAAGGUUGGCCAGUCGCCGAUGUCCUGGUACUGAAGUCGAAGGUCAAGGGCAUUGAGGAGCAAACUGGUUGGCAAUUGGUCACCGCUGAAGGGGCGGUCGACGAACAUGAUGAAUUUGGCCCUGCUCUAACUAUGUCUUACAAAGGCGAUCUACGAUUAUUCUUCUACCCUCAAGCCUUCCAGUGCAAGGAGGCCAGCGUUCCACGACGCAGAUCCGGGAGAAAAUCUGCAUCUACUUCCGGUCCAACGGCACCUAUUAGCUUAACGUUUGCAUCAAGCCAGGGUGAACGCGAAAAUACGAUCGCAGAGCGACCGACUGAGAAACGCUUCUUCUUACAGAUGAUCAGAAGCCAACUUCACGCUUUCACGAUGAUGCCCAAAGGAUCUGUAUCGCCCAAGACAUUGUUGUCAACUGUCUCACAAGGCUGGGAUCUGGCUUGCAAGGUGUCUGAAGAACUACGUUUACUCAAUCUUGUCGGGAUCACAACGGCAUCCAUUCUGAGCGACGAGAAGCUUGGUGUCAGGAUUAUCCUGAUGUUACCGGGCAAGGGACGCGUGGACGUCGAGUUUGUAAUUGCUGCCACUAUCCUCAAUGAUGGUGAUGUUGUUUCUACGACGAAUGUCAACGCAAACGCUAUUUGGGGAUCUGCCUUAGAGUUGGUGAGUGGUUCCAAAUGCAGAAAAGUUCAACAAGCAUUGGGGAAGGAGGUCGAAAGUCGGACGCUAGGCGAAGGUGCUUGGGUCAGUGCUGUUCAUGGCUUUGAAGAAUGGUUCCUCGCUCAGGACCGGUCGAAACAAGAAGCAAAGAAAGACGAAGAGAUGAACACGGCUGUUACUACAACGACGGAGGUUUCUGCACCAGCGCAGUCACCGCCACCGACCGUCCCUGCGCCAGCAUCGACUUCAUCCGUGCCAAAACGCUCACCUCUUGCGCCGAAGAGAACUAACACCGUGCAAAAGAAAGCCCUCCCUCUCCCCAAGCAGCGGUUUGACAAAUUCAACGCCCAGACACAGUCUCAACCGGCGACGGAGAAGGUUAUGGAGAAGGAGAACUUCAACCCGUCCUUAUCAGUCUCGAGUAGUAAAGCCCAGCGGCCGAUACAACAAAACAAAGCAGAUGUGGAUGACUGGGCUGAUAAACAAAUGCCGAGACCGGCCAUUACACCAGAAAUGCAAGAGGCAAUGAUGAUGCAUACGCCUAUCAAGCGCGUGGGCGCGUUGAGGAGGAGUCCGAUUUGA